AUGUGUGCAGAUGAAUUACAAAAAUUUAAAGUUUGUUAUAUGCAUUUCCGUGAAGAAGACUAUUAUUCUCCACAUCCGCAUUAUCAUCGUUUAUUAAUGAAUACGGCAAUUCCUUCUUUAUUUGUUUAUAAUAGUAAUGAUAGCACUGAUGUUAAAACUAAAACUGAAAAUAAUGUACAGCAACAGCCAUUACAACAUUUUUUAAUUGAAGAUAAGCAGCAUAAUAAAGUUUCUCAAUCUGUGGUCACAAAUAUGCUCUUUUUGCAAGAACAAGUACAUAAACAAUUAUCAAAACAACAGGUUUUAUUAGAAAUAUGUGAUGAACAACAAAUGGAAAUAAAAACUGAAGUGCCUGAAAUUCAACAGGAAAUUAAUGAGAAAGAUACCACAGAGAAAAAUCGAUUGCAGCAAUUACAUUGUGAACAGAAGGAUAAUGAAAAACAACAAGAAAAUGUAAUUUAUAAUCUUGAAAAACGAUUGCAAAGGGUAGAAGAACAGUUAACGAUAAUGGCAACUCCCGUAACAAACGGGUCACGAAGAAGAUCAAAUUUGAAACAUAUAACUCGUGCAAAAAGUCUUAGUCCAACUGCCAGAAUGCUAUAUAAUACUGUUGUUAAAUUGAGACGUUCUAAUAAUCGAUUAAAACGCCUUAUAAAACAAGAAAAACAAAAACAUAAAAUGAAAAUAUUGAAACAAGCUAAGUUAAAAGUGUACAGCAGGAACAUUCUGUUGAAAAAUAAUAAUAAUAUCUUCUCAGAGAAAUAA